AUGGCAGGCUCAACCUUAGCCUCAGCCUUCGGCAUAGACAGAAACGCAGAGGAGACUAUGCGCCUUGCCAUUGCCCGCUUCCGUAGCAGAAUGGCUGCCGCAAACCAAAAAUUUCUUCAGGACCGCAUCAAUGAAAUCGAAGGAAAAGGUCUAGCUACUGAAGAAGAAAAGCGCCGCCAGCUCCGCCAGUACAAAUAUAUGGACGAUGUCAAAUGGGAUGACGAAGACCCCGAGACGUAUGGGAGCGGCAACAAAAUCCAGAUUCUACCGCAGACACUAGUCAAAGACCUCGAUGUCCUGCUAUUCUCAAUUUCCUGCCCUCCUAUGAACCGGUGGAUGGUGUAA